AUGGUUGGGACUACUUUCAAGGACUGGUGUCGUUAUUUUCAGUACAAGGAAGGUGCAAACGAGGAGGACAGGGAUAAGAAUAGAGCCGACGCCCGCAACGCUCUCUUGGUAGUUGCGACCCUUAUAGCUGCCGUGACCUUCCAAGCUGGGGUUAACCCCCCUGGCGGUGUAUGGCAGGAAACCAACGAUUACCAUACGGCAGGCACUGCUAUCUGUGCAUCUGACUCAGAUGCCUACUACGUUUUCUUGACUUCCAACACCCUAGCCUUUUCUGCAGCGGUACUUGUCAUUAUGUCUCUCACGCAUAAUUUUCCUUUCAAGUUUGAAGUAAGGGUUGCUGGCGUUUCAAUGAUUAUAACUUAUGGAUCUGCAAUCUUUGCUGUUACCGGAGAUGAAGACAAAUUUCAACUCGCCUUGAUCACAGCUGCUGCGCCUUUAAUUUUGCGGUGCUUGAUCCAGCUGUUGGUUAAGUUGAAAAACAGGGAACCUGAGCCUCCAUGCUUGAUCCAGGCAUUUGUCGGACCUAGGAACAAGACAGCAGAGCCCCCGAAAGACCAGACCCAGCAAGCAAAACCUUAG